AUGAUACCGGCUCUGGUGAUUUGUCUUAUCGUGUAUGUUUGCGUCUCUAUUGGUGUAUUUCUUCUACACUUCACAGCUUCUAUUCUAUUCGGCAAAGUCGCUGAAGAGCUUAUACUUCGCUACAGAGUUACCGCCUUCCGCAACAUUCUGCAUCAGGAUGCUGCUUAUUUCGACAACCCGCAACAUGCGCCAGGACGUCUAAUCACCAGACUUGCGGCUGACGCACCAAAUGUGAAGGCGGUUCUGGAUAGCCGUAUGAUGUAUGUGGUAUUCAAUAUGACAGCAUGGUCAGUGUGCCUCAUUCUUGCAUUCGUAUCAUGUUGGCAAGUUGGACUGAUUGGAUUUGUAAUGAGGUAA